AUGGGCGCGUGCGUCGGCGUGCUGCUGCUGGGCGGCGCCGCGAUGGGCUACCAGGCGUGGUACAAGUCGCACGUGCUGAGCAAGAUGGAGAAGGCCUUUGAGGGCGGCUACGACCCGGUGCUGGCACUGGCGCGCGGCGGAGAUCAGCUGGCUCAUGCAGAGGUGCUGCCGCUGCGCGAUGAGGAGGCACUGGUGCGGCGCAUCGUAGAGGGCAAGGAGCCCGGGCGCUACUUUCUCAUUCUCGGCAGCAAGGGCUCUGGCAAGACGUCGACGCUGAUCGACGCCAUGGCGCGCAAUCAAGCCGAGGGCUGCGCCUUCUUCGACGCGCACCAGACGCCCGAGAUCGUCGUGGACCGCUUCAGCGAGAGCAUCAACUACAGCAUGAACCGCGACUAUCUGGGCAACCUGCUGGGCCUCUCGGAUCUCAGCGGCAUGACGCACUACCAGUCGCUCGAGCGGGCGCUGCACAAGCUGGAGAAGGCAGUGCAGCGCUACGCCGCACGCACUGGCCGCCCGGCCGUCAUCAUCAUGAACUCGGCGCACUUGCUGCCGCGCGACGAUGACGGCGUCAAGCUGCUGCAGCUCUUCCAGCAGCGUGCCGAGAAGUGGGCCAGCGCGGGCUGCGCUACCUUUGUCUUCACGUCGAACGAUUACUGGGUCUUCGACACGCUGCGCAAGAACAGCAACCGCAUGGACACGCUCACGUUCAAAGACCUGACGCGGCCGCAGUCGAUGCGCGUGCUGGAGCAGUGCCGCGUGCAGUACUACGGGCGGGAGCGCUUCGAGCGCGAUGCUGCAGACGACGAUCUGCUGGAGGAGGUGUAUCAGACUGUCGGCGGACGCAUCGCGCUGCUCAACAAGAUUGCGCGAAGAGAGGACAUGCGCGCUGCUGUCAGGCAGCUCGUCGUCGACGACCUCAACUGGCUGCUGUCAAAGACUGGCAUCAUCGAGGACCACGACGACGACGUGAUGGACGAGCAGAAGUGGUCCACGUGUUCCUGGCUGCUCUUCGUCGAGCUAGCCAAGCGGCAAAAGGCGCUGGAGGAGGAGAGUGCCUCGGCGCUCUCUGCCUCCAUUGCCGCUCGGCGCGAGGACGAGCAGGUGCGGCAGGCUGCUCACGAGAGCGAGAAGGAGCAGGAGCAUGGCGAAAAGAGACCGCAGGACGACGCCACGAAUCCGCUUAGCGACGUGGAGGUUGGCUUGCCUGGAGAUGUGCCGAAUCCGAGCUUGACAUGGGGAGAGGUGCGGCAGGUCAUGACACGGCCGGACUUCCUGGAGGAGCUUGAUCGCCUCAACAUCAUCCACGUCGAUCGGCAUCACCACAUCCGUGCCGACUCGAUGCCGCUGCUGCGCGCCUUCAGGCUGCAGGCCGAGGAGGAGGGCUACGAGGACAAGCUCGAGUCCGUCAUGGACCGCGUGUCAGCGAUCGAGUCGCUUCUGCGUACGCGCGAGCUGGUGUGGAAGGAGCAAGGCCACCACGGCAAGUUCAUGGUGCGGCAGGACAGCAAGGGCCGCGAGCUGGAGGCCUGGCGCCUGCUGGGCGGCGACGAUCGAUUGAAUCGCGAGGAGGAGCAGAGCGCUGGCAUGGAAUGA